UGCAGAAAGCUAACCAAUCUACACGGUUGAGAGAAGUCUGAUUUCUUGCGCGUGGGGCAAUUUCUUCCCACGAUCUCUUAUCAGCUGGGAGCCCUGAGCCACAGAGGAGCUCUCGAAACGUUACUGUAUCUCGUAGCUAAAGAGAGAGAAAAAAAGACGGAGCCCGUAGCUUUGUUCCCUUUGAUCUCGCUGCUUACGCCAAGGGGCAGGCGGCCCUUCUAGAAAUGCAAAUAGGAACGCACUGCAAAGGCCACGACAGUUCAAGCGAGGGGGAAAUGGGCAAGUGUCUCGGAUUUUAAUACCAUGUCAAGGCGCAGCAGUCGUUUGCAAGCUAAAUUGCAUCAGCCCUGCCAGGAUACAUCGCCACAAGAACUGCAGGUUUCAGCAUCUCUUCAGAACAGAAAACGAAAAGCAAUGCAGGAUCCCAAGAGAAAGGAAGAGAACAACAUGAGACAUCAGUAUGAAAUUAAGAACUGUUGGCCGUCUGCAAUAUCUGGUGGCAUUUCUCCUUGCAUAAUAAUAGAAACUCCUCACAAAGAAGCAACAACUACUGACUUCUCCAAAUUCAAAAAAUACAGGUUCAGAAAUCUCUUCAUAAAUCCAUCACCUUUACCAGAACUUAGUUGGGCAAGCUCUAAAGAUGUUUGGUUAAGCUUCCUCAAAAAAGAAAAUAAAUAUUCCCAUUGUAAGCAUUUCACAACUCUACACACAAACCUUCAGCCACACAUGAGAGCAAUCCUAUUGGACUGGCUUCUAGAAGUUUGUGAGGUAUACACACUUCACAGGGAAACUUUCUACUUGGCACAAGACUUUUUUGAUAGAUUCAUGUUGACUCAGAAGAAUAUAAGCAAAACCAUGCUUCAGCUUAUAGGAAUUACAACACUUUUCAUUGCUUCCAAGCUUGAGGAGAUAUAUGCUCCCAAACUGCAGGAGUUUGCAUAUGUUACUGAUGGUGCUUGCAGUGAAGAUGACAUUAUAAAGAUGGAGCUCAUUGUACUAAAGGCUCUAAAGUGGGAGCUAUGCCCUGUGUCAAUUGUCUCUUGGCUGAACCUCUAUCUCCAAGUGGAUGCUGCGAAAGAUAUUCCAAAGGUGCUGCUACCUCAAUAUUCUCAGGAAAUGUUCAUUGAAAUAGCACAGCUUCUAGAUCUCUGUAUUCUAGAUAUUGAUUCUCUGGAUUUUCAGUAUAGGAUAUUGGCAGCAUCUGCCCUCUGCCAUUAUACCUCAGUAUCGGUAGUUGAAAAAGUUUCAGGAUUAGAUCGGGUCAGUAUUGCAGAGUGUGUAGAGUGGAUGGAACCCUUUGCUAAAGUAGUGAAAAAAUACCCAGUGAAAUUGAAGAAUUUUAAGAAAAUUGCACCAGAAGAUAGACAUAAUAUACAAACUCAUACAAACUAUUUGGACAUGCUGGAGGAAGUGAACUACGAAGCAUCCAUUUCAGUGCCAGGCCAGCUGUCACCACUGUUUACAGGAGGAAUAAUCACCCCUCCAAAGAGCUCUGAGAAGUGAAACUGCACCUUCUACGAAUGUGUGCCAAAUCAAAGAACUCUUAUCUUAAGACUCUUGAAGAAUACUAAUGGAACUUUUUACACUUGGCAAAUGGCUGGGAAAAACAUCAAGUGUAACAGAAGGAAACUCCAAUGCAAACUGUCGUGCACCUUCAAGUUCGCAGCCUAACAAGCUUUCUUGCCAAACAAAGAUCAAACAUCUUUUGAGCAGUUUAAAUUCACAAACUAUGAAUUUUUAACUUCUUUUAUUGGCUGAUGAAUCCAGUUGAGUCUCUUAGUGGUUUAGCUGUGUGCAAGCUAAGCAGAAUGCUACCAUGCCAGCUGCCAAAACAUUUUGCCCAUCUUGGGAGAGGAGACACAUUCAUCUAAAACGUGACAAAAGAGCAGAGUUGUGCAUCUGUUGUGAAAACAAAAGGUUACUAAGUCAACCUUCCUACUUCUAUACACUUAAGUAGUGUAGCUAUGGAAUGAGGAGGAACUGAUUUAAUCUUUGGUAUGAAUUAUUAGGGGUGAAAUGACGUAGUAAACUUUGAGCCUACUCCUAGGAGAUGCCAAUGUACUCCUAAAAACUGGAAAAACAUCUUCAGCAAACAACUGUGCAUACUACCUCUUUUGGUGCUACCAUGUCAAUACAGGAACAAGCCGCCACAAUGCAAGGAGGAAAAUAACUAGACUGGAAUAGAAUAGCCCUGACAAAAGCAGUAGGAAGAGCUUAGCUCUGCCUACAGUAAUUUACUCUUCAUUCUGGUUUGAAUCAGUCUAUUUGAAAUGCAUUACAAAUUAUAACCUCCUUCUGUAUAGUCUUGUAAAAACAGAGGAAUUUAAGUUUUCUAAUAGGAAAAUACCACACAGUGUGUUUAUAAAUAUGUAUUGUUAAAAAAGUCUCUUGAAUUAAAUACAAUAUCGGAGUAUA